AUGGUCUUCCACACUCGCGUCGCACUCGCUGAGGACUACGACCUCUCCCAGUCUCAGAUUAAUGAGUACCAGAACAAUGGUCACAUCCUGCUAAGGAAUCUCUCAAAGCCGAAGAAGAAGGACUUCCAGAAGGCAUUCCGCAUCACCCAAAACCUAUGGGAAAUUAACGACGUCGUGCGAGCACAUGUCUUGUCUAAGCGCUACGCAGGAAUCGCUGCGAAGUUCUUGGGCUGCCGUGACGUGCGGGUUUACCACGACCUCACCUUCUUCAAGGAGGGUCUUGGUAAGGGCAAGCCGACGCCGUGGCACCAGGACGGGCACUACUGGCCCCUUGACACGGAAAAGUGCAUAACCCUUUGGGUUCCGCUUCUCGAUUGCCCGGUAGACAUGGGUCCGAUGUCGUUCGUGUCGGGUUCACAUCUCAAUAAAGAUGCUGAACACCUGCCGAUUUCCGAUGAGAGCGAUGAAUAUAUCAGAAAUUUAGGAGAUGCAACAUUCCACUCGUGCUGGACAUACCAUGCUGCAGCAUCCAACACGACAGAAAACACUAGAAUUGCAUUCGCUAUCGCGUACUAUGAUGCCGAUGCAACGAUUCCCCUGGAGCCACCGACCAAUGAGCGGCGUGCGGCGAACUUGGCAAGGUGGUUCCCUGGGGCCGUACCCGGUGGGCCUGCGGCCACUGAAAUAAACCCUGCUAUCCUUUCUCCCCGUGAUUGA